GAUUUCUGUUUUUGUUUUUAGUGCAACAGCUGAGAGCUCUCUUUUUGUGAAAUUGUGCAUAUUUUUAGUUUGUUUUGUUUCGUUUAGCGUUUCGUUCAAACCCGCAACAUGUCCGCGCCCAAGAACGAGAUGUACUACAGUCUGCUGGAGUGGUUCAAGACUCUCAAUCUUAAUGCCCCGCAUGCGGAUGCGGAAUCCCUGGCCGACGGAGUCGCACUGGCUCAGGCUCUCAACCAGUUCGCACCCGAAUCUUUCACCGACGCUUGGCUUUCCAAGAUCAAGGCCAGCGCCGUGGGCAGCAACUGGCGACUGCGAAUGAGCAAUCUGAAAAAGGUGACCCAGUCCGUGUACGACUACUACAGCGACGUACUCAACUACUCGCUGAGUGACUUCUCAAAGCCUGAUCUGCAGAGCAUCGCUGAGAAGUGUGACUUGGGAGAGCUGGAGCGCCUGCUGCAGUUAGUUCUCGGUUGCGCAGUAAACUGUGCCGAGAAGCAGUCCUACAUUACGGAGAUCAUGUGUCUGGAGGAGGAACUACAGGCGAACAUUAUGCGCGCUCUUCAGGAACUUGAGGCCACCAGACAAGCAUCCUCGGCAGAGGGCGGUGUAGUCAGUUCCUUGUCUCGUAGCCCUCGCACUGGACAGCCCAUCCUGGACAGCAAGGCAGUUCAGGAGGAUCGCGACGCCUUGGCACAGAAAUGCUUCGAGACGGAGAAGAAAAUGCUCCUUCUUAUAGACGAAAAAACUAAUCUUCAACAGGAGUUGCAUAAGUUGCAACAAGAGUUUGCACGUCUAGAGCAACACUCCACGGUGAUCGGAGAUGAUGGAGUCUCUUUGGGACCAGUCCAAACUGGAUCUGUGCGCUACAACGAACUGCGGCGCCAAUUGGACUUACUAAAAGAGGAACUUCUUCAGUCUGAAGGAGCUCGGGAGGACCUAAAGCUCAAGGCCCAGCAACAAGAUACAGAUCUGCUACAUAUGCAAAUGCGUAUAGAGGAACUAAUGAAAAGUUCCGCUGAAGUAACCACUCUGAAGGAUGAAGUGGAUGUUCUGCGGGAGUCCAAUGACAAGCUUAAGAUAUGUGAGGCCCAGCUUGACACGUAUAAAAAAAAGCUAGAAGACUAUAACGACCUAAAAAAACAGGUCAAAAUUCUGGAGGAGCGUAGCGCCGACUAUGUGCAACAGAAUGCGCAGUUUGAGGAGGAUGCCAAACGUUAUGCCAACACCAAAGGCCAAGUGGAGCUGUUCAAGAAAGAGAUUCAAGACCUUCAUGCCAAGCUGGACGCCGAGAGCAGCAAGAAUGUAAAGUUGGAGUUUGAUAACAAAAACUUGGAGGGCAAGAACCUGGCUUUGCAGCGGGCCAAGGACAGUUUGCUCAAGGAGCGCGACAACCUUCGCGAGGCAGUCGACGAGCUGAAAUGUGGACAAUUGUCCUCAAACACAGCGCUGACAGGUACCACCGUUUCCCGGGAACUGCAACCGUCGGCCACAGUAGAAAAACUACAGCGUCUGGAGGCGGAGAACAAGGCUCUGCGCGAAGGACAGGGUGGCCAGACAGCUUUGGCGCAACUUCUGGACGAUGCCAAUAAACGCUGCGAGAAUUUGCGUGAGCAGCUAAAAACAGCCAAUGAACGUAUUCUUUCCCUGUCGCAUGCUUCUCAAAGCGAUGAUCCCAUUUUAAAAGAAAGCGAGUUUGGCAAACAAAUCAAACAAUUGAUGGAGCUAAAUGAACAAAAGACACUCCAACUGGAGGAAGCAGUUACUCAGAGCACGUCUCUGCAAUGUAAGGUGACUCAGCUGGAAACCAAUUUAUCAGCACGUGAGCAGGAAAUUCUGGUGUAUGACGCCAAAUACCGAAAAUGCGUGGAGAAAGCUAAGGAGGUGAUCAAAAGCAUAGAUCCUCGAAUUGCAAGUGCUCUAGAUGCUAGUGUGUUGGAAAAGAGUGCUGAUCUCGUCGAGGACGAACCCAAGCCCAAGAUGAGUGUGAUGGAGGAGCAGCUUAUGACCUCCGCUUUCUACAGACUGGGUGUCAACGCUCAGCGCGAUGCAAUCGACUCUAAGCUGGCAAUCUUGAUGGGCUCGGGUCAGACAUUCCUUGCCCGCCAGCGGCAGUCAGCGCCUCGCAAAUCCCUAAGUGCAAUGAAAUCAAAGUAGAAAGCAUGAACCUGAAGAGUAGGCUAAGUCUCAUUUCUUGUUUGAAAAUUUAUAUAAAUAAUAUAUAAUACAAGUAUUUAUUGGACCUCCGCAAGGAUCUAUAUCGUAUUUAUAGUACAUACCCUAAUAAAAUUGCUAAAA